UGUACGUGUGCUGGGGGGGACGCCACGGCCAACUCCACCCACGCAGAGCCUUGCCCCUCCUACCUGCCCUGGUAUGACCAAGUAAAAGAUGGCCUUGUGUUCCGGCGGUGCGAUGCCGAGGGUCAGUGGGUCCGGGAUGAGACAGACAUGCCCUGGAGGGACCACUCACAGUGCGAGAAUGUCAACCCAGAGGAGGAGCAAUCUCAGUGGGAGGCGUGGAUUCUGUCCCAGUUGCGGGUGAUGUACAGUGUGGGAUACGGCAUUUCCCUGGCUGCUCUGACUGUGGCCCUCUGUAUACUGACACAGCUCAGGCGCCUGCGCUGUACGCGGAAUCUCAUCCACUGUAACCUGUUUGUGUCUUUCAUCCUGCGCGCCGUGUCUCUGCUGUCCCGGGACGCUCUGCUCAUGCACCAACACAACAUGAUUCAGGGCCAGGAGGACAUGACUGCUCUGCUGAGAGAGAAGACUCUGGUUGGGUGUCGUGUUGCUCAGACCAUCACACAGUAUUGUGUGGCCGCCAUUAUUACUACUGGCUUCUGGUGGAGGGCCUCUACCUCCACAACCUGCUGGUUGUCUUGUCGUUCUCUGAAGAGGCAGCGCUGCCCCGAUACAUGGCGCUGGGCUGGGGGGCCCCUGUGCUGUUUGUCGUCCCAUGGGUGGUUGUGCGGCAGCUGUAUGAGAACACACAGUGUUGGGAGAGAAAUGACAACCGCUCCUACUGGUGGAUCAUUCGAUCCCCAAUUCUCUUCGCUGUUCUGGUGAACUUUAUCAUCUUCCUGCGGAUUCUGAGGAUUCUGGUGCUGAAACUACGAGCCAAUCAGAUGAGGAGGAGUGACCGCAAAUACAGGUUGGCCAAAUCCACUCUGACCUUGAUCCCCCUUCUGGGGAUUCAUGAGGCCGUCUUCAAUCUGAUCCCGGAGGAGAGCGCACGGGGCCGCAUCCGGUACAGCAAGCUGGGCCUGGAGUUAUUGCUGAGCUCUUUUCACGGACUGCUGGUCGCUGUGCUCUACUGUAUAUGCAACAAGGAGGUUCAGGCAGAGUUGCGCAGGAAGUUGAAGGACACAUUUUACACGGGAACAUACUUCGUC